CCAUGUUUGGCUACCUAUUAUUUAGUAAAUCCGUUGCGCUUCUGAACGUCUAAACCUUUCCGGGAAAAGCAAGAUGACCGUCUUCAGCACCGGCGGCUACCUUGCCGGGAAACAUGUCUUCCCUGCGGUUAACUACUCAUCAUCAGGCGAGGCAGUCUCUCAGCGGCUCGUGGACGCCGCACACGCCGACGAUCUGGACCUAUCGAUGGAGCUCUUGGCCGACCCUUUCGUCGACGUUAACUACGUCGGAACCGUGUGCUUGAGGUCGAGAAGAACGGAGCUGGUUUUGCACGACGAAACCGCGACUGAGGUCCGGGUUGAAUUCGAGGAGUUCAAGACUGAGAUCACGCCUCUGUUCCUGGCCGCGCAUAACGGAAAUGCGACUCUCGUGAGGAAGCUACUGAGGGAUGGAGCCACAGUGAACCAUAAAUUGUUCCGAGGCUAUGCGACAACAGCAGCAGUGAGGGAGGGGCAUGCUGAGACAUUAGAGAUUCUACUGAAAGCCGGAGGAGCGGCUCAACCUGCCUGCGAGGAGGCUUUGUUGGAAGCAUGCCUACUUGGGCGGGCCACACAUGCACACAUCCUCAUGGCCUCCCAAAUGAUCCGCCCCCACGUUGCAAUUCAUGCUCUUGUCACAGCAUCCUCUAGAGGAUUCAUUGAAUUUGUCGAUUCACUCCUCCAGUUUGGAGUGGAUGUCAACGCAAGUGCUAGGGUGCUACUUCAGUCUUCCAAUCCACCUCUUUAUGCAAAUGUUAAUUGUAAUGCACUUGCUGCUGCAGUUGUUAAUAGGCAAGUAUCUGUUGUCCACCUUCUUCUACAGAGGGGUGCAAGAGCAGACUGUAAUGUGAGACUAGGAGCUUGGUUUUGGGAGGUUACAACCGGAGAGGAGUUUAGAGUGGGAGUAGGGCUAGCUGAGCCUUACCCUAUCACUUGGUGUGCAGUGGAGUAUUUUGAAGGCACUGGGGCUAUACUAAAGGCAAUAAUGCUGCAGCAACACUACAACAUCUCUCCUCAUUUAGGGAGGACAAUCCUCCACCACGCCCUCCUGUGUGGCAACUCUAAAGCAGUUGAGGUGCUUUUGAGUAGUAGUGGGGCAAACGCAGAACUUGGUGGUGGAGGAUUAUUCUUUGCUUUGCACUAUGCUGUUCAACGGGGUAACUUAGAUUUAGUUGAGUCUCUGAUAAGAAAAGGUUGUGAUGUGAAUGAGCUCGACCGCGAAGGCUAUACUCCACUGAUGUUGGCUGCAAAGGCAGGCAACAUAGCCAUGUGCAGGCUUCUGAUUUCGCGCAGAGCUAGGUUGGGCAUUGAAAACGCGAGGCUUGAGACCGCGCUUUCGCUAGCAAGAAACAACGGCAGCAGCAGCGUUGUGGAAGAAACGAUAGUGGAUGAGUUUGCUCGGGAGGUGGUGUUGGAAGGGGGAUAUGUAAAGAAGCACACAAAGGGUGGGAGAGGGGCUCCUCAUAGGAAGAUGCUGAAAAUGUUGGGGGAUUUGGGGGAGUUGAGGUGGGGAAAGUCACGCAAGAGAAAUGUGAUAUGUGAAGGGGCUGAAGUAGGGCCGAGUUCAAAGUUUCGUUGGAACCGUAGGAAGAAGUUUGAUGCUGAUGCGCCAGGGGUUUUCAGAGUGAUGACCACAAAGAACAAGGUGAUUCAUUUUGAGUGUGAAGGUGGAACUGAAAUGGCUGAGCUUUGGGUUAGGGGAAUAAAGCUAGUAACUCGUGAAGCUGUUAAUAUUAUAUUGGUAGAUCGAUCAGGAAAGCCAGAAAAUAGGAAAUGACUAAUCAACAAGUUGCACUACUUUGGUUCAUUUGUAUAUAUAGUUUUUUAGAGUUCCUUUUCAUUUUCCCUUGUGUUAAAAGUUUGGUUUAUGCAAAUCAGAACAUUUUU